AUGACGGAUAUGGAAUUUCAGGUUCCAACAGUCACGAUUGAUGAUCUCCUGGCUUUCCACGCGCAGCAUUUUCCUCACGCGCCGACGCCUCAAUAUGUUCUUCAUGGCGUGCAGCAUGAUGCCGAAGCGACAGAGGAAUACUAUGAUGAAGCAGAUGACGGCUUGGGCUACUAUCCCGACGGCACCAAGCGCACCUUGACUGAUGAGCAAAUCGCCAUGUUCCGACACUCGGAGAUCCAAGCCAUCCUUCGCAAACGCCGGUUGCAGAAAGAGAAUGGCGAAUCCGUUGAGCGCACAUCUCUGUCCGAAAAACCGUCCCUCGAUGUCGCCAGCCCAAUGCAGGUGACUCCAGCUGCGCAAGAAGGCUCUGCACAUACGACGAAUGGUGCUCAACAGGCGCAGACUAAGGAGCAAGGCCCACAGAAUAAGCAGCAGUGGGCGACAACUAGUACAAAGAGCAAGGCCAAGGCAAAGAGGAAGAGGGAUAGAUAUGCGAAGAGAAGAAAAGAAGUGAGGCUGCAGAAGGGCCUUCCCAGACGAAGGAGCGGCCGCAACGGUGCUGACAGCGGCUACAGUGAUGACGAGAGUGAUGAGUGGGACCCGUGGCACCAGGCGAACGGACCGGAUGUCCAGAAGGAUGAUGCCCUGGAUCUGGAUUAUUGA